GGGUUUUGAUUUUCUUUUGCCCUUUUUUCCAUAUUUAUAGUCCCUUUUUUUGUCUUCACAACAUUUAACCACCCAUCACCGGAAUCUCUCCGAGCCAAGACUCAGAAGACAACAGCAAUGAACGAUCUCGAGCGAGUCAAAACGGACGACCCGUUUCUCGUGCAGUACCAGCCAUCGGAACUCAGGAUCGCCUCCGAGUUCUUAACCACGUGGCUUCCUUUCCUUUCAAGAGAUCUGUGCCACCGAUGCACCCAAACCCUCGCCCAACGAAUCCGCUCCCUCCACCCAGAACUUGAAGGAGAUGCUGAGUUGGCCAAUUCUGAUCUGAAUGCAAUCCCUUCUACUCCCAGUAAUGCAGAAUCACAAGAGUUGAAUGAGAGUUGUCAUGAUAAUUGUGAUGCAAAUUCAAUAGGAAGUUCAAAAGAUGGAGAAGAUACUAACUCAUUGGGUAGUUGGAAAGAUGAGGCAAAUGGGUUGUCUGAACCCAUUGGAGAAGCAUCCACUAGUGGUGGAAUUGCCAGCAGGUCGCCUUCCCUUCAAACCCCGGUUCCCCGUUUAUCAUGGGCAGACAUGGCACAGGAAGAUGAGCUUGAGGAGGCAGAAGAAGAAGAAGAGCAACAGCAAUCAGAGUCAAGCAAGCGAAUUGUUAAUUUAACUGCUUCCACAGGGGAGUUGAGGAUAUCUAAGGUUGUUGAGAAGCCUAAAUUGUCUAGGGAUCAGAGAGAGUAUAUUAGGUUUAUGAAUGUGAAGAGGAAGAAAGAUUUUAUAUGUUUGGAGAGAGUUAAAGGGAAGUUUGUUAAUAUUCUUGAGGGGCUUGAACUUCACACAGGAAUUUUCAGUGCUGCGGAACAGAAGAGGAUAGUUGACCUUGUUUAUACGCUUCAGGAGAUGGGGGAAAAAGGAAAGUUGAGAGAACGCACAUUUUCAGCACCACAGAAGUGGAUGAGGGGCAAAGGACGUAUAACCAUCCAAUUUGGUUGCUGUUACAAUUAUGCAAUGGACAAAAAUGGUAACCCACCUGGCAUUCUUCAAAAUGAAGUUGUAGAUCCUAUACCCCAGCUCUUCAAGGUGGCCAUCAGAAGGCUGGUCAGAUGGCAUGUACUGCCUCCAACCUGUGUGCCUGACAGUUGUAUUGUUAAUAUUUAUGAAGAAGGCGACUGCAUACCUCCUCACAUUGACAACACUGAUUUUGUUAGACCAUUCUGUACCGUGUCAUUUCUUAGUGAGUGUGAUAUAGUUUUCGGGUCAAACUUGAAGGUUGUGGGGGCUGGUGAGUUUUCCGGUUCAAUUGCAAUUCCCCUACCUGUGGGAUCAGUUCUGGUUCUAAAUGGAAAUGGUGCAGACAUUGCUAAGCAUUGUGUGCCUGCAGUUCCUACAAAGAGGAUAUCGAUCACAUUCAGGAGAAUGGAUGAAUCGAAACGGCCAGUAGGAUAUGCUUCAGAGCCUGACUUGCAGGGGAUUGAACCAUUGUCUUACGAUGCAGAGAAACCAAGGAGAUUAAAUUCACCUAAAUCUGAUCGCCAUGUAAAGAGGCAACCAUUUAGAAGAGAGGGUAGAAAGGAAGCCAGGGGAUUACCAGAGGGUAAUGAGCAAUUGGAACCUCGAUCCUCAAACUGGUCUCGAAGAGCCCCUGCAAAUAAGCGAAGGAUCACAGGGAAUCAGGGCAGCUGAUGAUCAGUUGCUGUAUGUCUAUUGUGCAUAUUAUUUCUCCAUUCAAGCUAUCAAGCAUUACAGUGUUUGUGAGAGGUAUGAAAUCUAGGUACUUAAAAGUUAUAUCCCUCGUACGGUGGCUCUUGGGCAAGAUUCUCGUGCUUGAUUUUAGGACUGUAUCUUACAGCCGUGGAGAAGACAAGAUCUUACACUUAAAUUUAUAUAGCUGUAACUUUAGAGGUCAUGUGUUGAUGUCACAUUCUGAAAAAAAUGAUUCCUCGGGUUCACAACUGGAUCUCCCUACUUCAAACCUAUUCAUUAGCUUAACCCCGGGUGGAGCUGCUUAAUUCUGAUGGAUUGCAUUUGUUGCUAUAUGCCGUUUAACUUAAUUCUAUGGUUGUACUUUUUAACUACAAGGAACAUGAGAUUCUGUACUUUUCUUUUACCUUUUUUCCCAUUGGGAGUGAUGUUCCAUGAGGUUUGUAAAUAGUAUAAAAACAAUGUACUCAAAUCAGUUUCUUAGCAUUUGUUAAAUAAAUUACUUGAAGGAUUGGGGAUUUAA